AGGCUGUAGCGUGCAGUGGAUGGGUGGUUCGAGUGUGUCCUGUAUUUUUAUUAAUAGUGACUGUAUCUGUUAUGUGAUACCACCUUUAUCUCCUUAAGGAUAUUGUUUUUAUUUAGUUAGAAGAAUAAUGCAUCACGCCACGAAAUGCCUAUUAUUAAGCCUUCUAACAACAGCUACAGUCUUAGCACAGGUUCCUCAAAGAUUUACCGCCCAAAAUCCCUGCACCUCCAAAGGAACAUGCCAAGAAUGUAUCCAGACCCCUUCAUGUGCUUGGUGUUAUGAUCCACAAUUUACUGGCAGCGCAAGAUGCUUUCAACCGUCAUUCCCGCUGUCAUCUAAAGAAGAACAAUGCAAAGAAGAAUUUACUCAUAAUCCAGAUAACAUCAUGAGCGUACUCUCAAACUUAGAAUUAACCAAAGCAAUUUCUGGUGGAGGAAGUGGAGGUGGUCACUGGUCGAUUGGGUAUGAAGGUAAUUGGAGUCAAACUGAUAGCUGGGAACAUCAAGGUGCUUCAAUGGCUGGUGAAGGUGCUAGUGGCCACGGUAGUAGUGGACAUCAUAUCGUGCAGGUGGCUCCACAAAGGAUUAAUUUGAAGUUGAGAGCAAGACAAUCUUAUAGCAUUUUUAUGGGCUACACUCAAGCUGAAGAUUAUCCAGUAGACCUCUACUAUCUCAUGGAUCUCAGUAAAUCUAUGUCUGAUGAUAAAGAAAAACUAUCUUUGUUAGGUGACCAAUUGGCGUAUACUAUGCAAAAAGUGACGUCCAACUUCACUCUUGGAUUUGGUAGCUUUGUGGAUAAGGUGGUUAUGCCCUAUGUUAGCACCCUCCAAGAAAAUUUAGAACACCCUUGCGAUCAGUGCGCCGCCCCCUACGGCUACAAGCACAUGAUGGCCUUGUCUCAAGACACCUAUCAUUUCUCCCGCAUGGUAAAAAAUGCCAACGUGUCAGGAAAUCUUGAUGCCCCUGAAGGCGGUUUUGAUGCCAUCAUGCAGGCUGUAGUUUGCAGAAACCAGAUCGGUUGGCGGCAGCAAGCCAGAAGGCUUCUGGUGUUUUCAACGGAUGCUAGUUUCCAUUAUGCUGGAGAUGGGAAGUUGGGAGGAAUUGUGAAACCCAAUGACGGAAGAUGCCAUCUCUCACACGAAGGUUACUACUCUCAAUCUUCUUACCAAGAUUACCCCUCCAUAGAACAAAUCAACUUGGCAGUUAAAAAGAACUCGAUAAAUGUAAUAUUCGCUGUUACUGGCAACACUAUUCGAGUUUAUGAACAAUUAGCUAAACAUAUAGAAGGAGCAUCAGUAGCUAAAUUAGAAAGGGACAGUUCCAAUAUUGUAGAAUUAAUUAAAGAGCAAUAUGAACAAAUUUCUUCCUCGGUGCAAAUGAAGCAUAAUGCUUCUAGCGCAGUGAGCAUUCGAUUUUUCACUAGGUGUCUUAAUGAAAGUGGUGCUUUGGUCAACACCAAUAAAUGUGGCAAUAUUAAGGUCGGAGAUGUGAUUAACUUCAAAAUUGACAUUGAAGUCCUAAAAUGCCCCAAAGAAAGAAGAGACAGGUUUCAAACCAUUCAAAUUUAUCCAGUUGGUAUAAAUGAAAGUUUGACCAUCGACUUGGAAAUGUUGUGUGAGUGUGACUGUGAAAAACCUGGCGAUAAAUACUACCUAGAAAAUGCACCAGCUUGCCACGGAGCUGGUACCUAUAAAUGUGGUAUUUGCGUUUGCAAUCCAGGAGCAUUUGGUAGGCAUUGCGAAUGCAGCGCUGACGAAGUUACAAAACUAUCAAAAACUGUAGGAUGUGUACCACCAAAUAGUACCACUGGAUUAGAAUGUUCUGGUAGGGGUACAUGCAUUUGUGGUAGAUGUGAAUGCGAAUCUAGAGGACCGCUAGAGCGGAUUUAUGGUGACCAUUGCGAAUGCGACAAUUUCAGCUGCGAACGUCACAUGGGAGAAUUAUGCAGCGGAGAAACCCAUGGCACUUGCGACUGUGGUACCUGUAGAUGCAAGCCAGGAUGGUCUGGGCCAAAUUGUGCUUGUGAAGAAUCUGAAGCAGGAUGUUAUCCCCCCGAUGUUAUAGGAGGAGAAAUUUGCUCUGGGCAUGGUUCUUGUGUUUGUGGGCAAUGCCAAUGUGAAAAUACUAAGGAGAGUCGAUAUUCGGGCAAAUUUUGUGAAAAGUGCCCUACUUGCCCUGACAGAUGCUUGGAAUUUAGAGAUUGUGUACAGUGCCAGAUGUAUCUGACAGGACCUCUUAAAGAGCCUAACGAUUGUAGUGUCAAUUGUACUAAUGUUCCUGUACCAAUCGCUGUAGAUAAAGUUGAAGCAAUCGAAGAAAACAAUGAAUACUUGUGCCAUUACACAGAUGAAGACCACUGCCAAUUUACUUAUGUUUACUACUACGACAGCGAAAGGAAACUUCAUAUUAGAGCGCAAGAGAAAAGGACAUGUCCUCCAGAGAUUUUUGUCCUGGGCAUUGUAUUUGGUGUCAUAGCUGCUAUAGUACUUAUUGGAAUGGCCAUAUUGUUGCUAUGGAAAUUACUAACCACGAUCCACGAUCGACGUGAAUUUGCGAAAUUCGAAAAGGAAAGAAUGAUGGCUAAAUGGGAUACUGGUGAAAAUCCUAUCUACAAACAAGCAACAUCGACGUUUAAGAACCCAACUUAUGCUGGCAAAGGUUAAAGUUAAAACCGAGAAUAAUUUUUAAUGACUGAUAAAGAAAUCUCUUAUAUUUUGUACAUAACACCAGUAACCUGAAAGCAUUGCCAUGUCUGUACACGAACUGCCAUAUUAUUUCUUUUUAUGAGACAGGAAGAUGAAAUUUUUCUUUUUUUUCUGUCAGUUUAACAAUAAUGUUUUGACAUAUUGUAAUAAGUUUAGGAAAUGUGGGCGGUUCUUGCAAAUAAAUAAAUUAAACCUAGUCAAAUUGUAUGAAUUUUGGUUGCUAUAAUGGGCUUUAUCAGGGAUCUGUAUUGAUCGACUCGAAUAACUUUUUUCCUGAGUUAUAUAGAUAUUUUAUUUUAUGAAUUUUUUUUUAUAGAUACUUAAUUUCAUUAAUAAAUCUGAAUCUCUUUAGAUCAGAUUUUGUAGUCGAGGUGCCUAAAGAAUAUAGUGUCUUAAAUAAAGACUAAAAUGAUGCUGAUGUUGAAUAUUUUUUAUUAUUAGUAAUUACUUAGUGGUAAAAAAUAAAAUUAGUUGACGGCCUCUCACAUAAACAAUAAAUAAUCUCCGACGACGGUGUUUAUUCAUUGUUAAAUGAAGGUAGUUAUAGAAAGUGCCCUAAUUUUUGUUUGAAAAUAACAAACAUGUUUUACUUUAAUAAAUAGGCUACACAGGGUGUUACUUAUAUUGUGAAACUCUAAAAAAUUCUUCUGCUAUAAACUCUCAAUUGGUAGGAAGGUACCUAAAUUUAAAUAAUUGACUUAAAUAUUUUUAUGACACAUAAAAAAAAGAGUAACAUCUUUGUAUACCUUAUUCUUUCUGAUAACUAUUUCUAAUAAGCUUUGAUCACAUAAAUAAUAAGUCCAAUAGUCUUCACUAAUGAUCUGAUUUUUUUUUAGUAAGAAUAUGUAAUUUUAAUUUUUUUUGUAAUUUAUUAUUUUUUGUAACAACCAGUCAAGUAACCAAUAGCUAUGUAAGUGAUAUGUUCUGAAAAGAGUUGUCGGCUUUGCCGAUUAGGAAAAUUUUUACACUUGUUUUACAAGAUUAUUUGUACAAGCAUUAUUUAUUGACCAAAAUUAAUUUAUCCAUAAUUUUAUUCCAUUGACAGUAGGUUAUUUGAUUUUACUUAAAUCUGGUCUAUCUAUAUUUUGCAACAUUGCAAAAUGAAAAAUGCAGGUUGCUAAUAAUGGUUGCCCAAAGGCAAAACGUAGAAUUUCAAAUUUGAUAACAACAAUCUUGUAAAGCACAUGUGUCCAAGAGUUGUGUUCGAGAGAAUGUAGUGUACAAACUAAAAUUUAAAUUAAAACUGAAAUGAAUGAUGUAGAUUUUUUUCCUCAACUAAACUUAAUGUUACAAAUCAAUUGUGCUUAUCAUCGUAAUAAUUAAUUUUCGUCUUGCUAUUGUCCCGUUUUCAAUUCAUUUUGUGCGAGAAGUUAAUACAUACAUCGAAUGAAACAUUCUUAAUAAAUAGAAUUAACAAAACUUAUUGUCCCUUUAUUUUUAUACUUAUAAGAUGGGUUUACCUGCAGUGUUGUCGUCUGAACGACGUCACCAG